AUGGAUGAGAAGCAGGGAGCAACUUCUGAUGAUGUCCCAACUGGGGAGGUAACGUCAACCACAGUUAGGGAGGGUGAUGUUGUCAAGAUGCCAACAGAUGUGGCCAUCACUAUGGAUGCUAUUCCCAAUGAAGAUAAGGAGGACAAAUCCAAAGAUAACACUGUUGGUUUCUGGCUUGGUGCUUACAAAGUUGUCUGCAUCCAAAACCUCCCAAGACAUUUUGGAUUCGCGCAACUGAAGAAGAUUUUGACUGGUCUGCAACUGGAACCCAAGAAAGUCAAGGCAGUCAACGAGGCAACCUAUGCUUUUGUGACAUUCAGCUGCCAAGAAGAUAAGGAGGAGGCAUUGAAAGUACUCAACGGACACAAAUGGAAAGGACAAGUGCUGAAAGCCAAGCUCGCCAAGCCAGUUGAGGACCCGUACACUAAGAACCUCCCUCUGAAGAGAAGCCAAGAGGAAUCUGAUGGAAACACCCAAGAAGCUAAGAGGAGGAAGGAGGAGGACAGCUUACCAGUAGAAGAGAGGUUAAACAACGCAGUGACUCCACUGUGGAACCAGCCGUAUGAAAACCAGCUAUCCACCAAACAGACCAACACCAGGGAGUUUCUGAGGAAUUUAUCCAAGAUGCUGCAACGGAACAUUGGGGAGAUAUCUCCCUGGCUGAAGCAACAAAGAUAACACUGUUGGUUUUCGGCUUGGCGCUUACAAGGCAACUGAAGAAGAUGUUGACUGGUCUGCAACUGGAACCCAAGAAAGUCAAGGCAGUCAACAAGGCAACCUAUGCUUUUGUGACAUUCAGGUUAAACAAUGCAGUGACUCCACUAUGGAACCAGCCAUAUGAGGACCAGCUAUCCACCAAACAGACCAACACCAGGGAGUUUCUGAGGAAUUUAUCCAAGAUGCUGCAACGGAACAUUGGGGAGAUGUCUCCCUGGCUGAAGCAACAAAGAUAACACUGUUGGUUUCCGGCUUGGCGCUUACAAAGCUGCCAAGAAGAUAAGGAGGAGGCAUUGAAAGUACUCAACGGACACAAAUGGAAAGGACAAGUGCUGAAAGCCAAGCUCGCCAAGCCAGUUGAGGACCCGUACACUAAGAACCUCCCUCUGAAGAGAAGCCAAGAGGAAUCUGAUGGAAACACCCAAGAAGCUAAGAGGAGGAAGGAGGAGGACAGCUUACCAGUAGAAGAGAGGUUAAACAACGCAGUGACUCCACUGUGGAACCAGCCGUAUGAAAAACCAGC